UCCCUCUCGGCCUCUUUCGUAACCUUCCGCUCUGUAAUGUGUUAUUUUCUACCUGUACACUUUUCUGUGCUUUUAUGAGAGCGAGGAUCAACAUGAGUAUCUAUAGUCCAAACGAAAGGUGCUAAACAAUUUUUCCUCAUGACAUUCAAAUGAAGGAGAAAAGCUGAUCUAUGCUGCAACCUCGUGUUCAUCUAUGCAUAUUACAUGAUCUGCCCCCAUUCCUAUAUUCACCGUCGACUUAAUCGUUUGGUCUAAACAGUGUGUGUGUGUGUGUGUGUAUACAUAUAUAUUUUCACCGUCGUCAAAUGUGCAAACUCGACCUUCGACUUCGAAUAUCUUUGCUUCCAACGGUUACAGAUAAUUCUUGUCACUAUCCGCAGUAAUGGAGUGUCAGUCAAAAGAGUAUUUUGUUGGUAAUCCGACAAAAUCAGAGCCUUUUUCCAACAUGUGUCCCUGUUUCCCUUUCAACGUUCGUGUUUCAAAGUUGUUAUAUCUAAAAGAGGUCAAGGUGCAGUUUCGUAAUUAUAAACCAACCCAAUGCCCCAUCGCAACUCUCCCCACCUUCCAUCUAUUUAAGCUCACAUUCAUCCCUCUCUCUCACAUCCUUCCAACACACUUGAAAUAGUACUACUGUUGUUCUAUCUUCAACUUCUACCGUCUCUCUCCCAUCGAUCCUUCACCACCCAACACAUCACUUGUCUCUCCAAUUAUGAAUUUUAGCUUGGGAUCCGGGAAAUUCAUAACAAGGCAAGGAAGUAACUGAUUCACUGGAGAAAUCUAAUUCUGGUAGCUUGACAUGGCCAAAGGAGUUCAUCAAACGUUUCCAAAGUCCCUCACGUUCAUGUGCCUCGUUAUUCUGGUGUUCAACCUUCGCUCCUCACAGUCACAUGGAGAUCAUGAGCAACUGGAAAUUCAGCUUCUGUUAUCCUUUAAAGCUUCUGCCAUGGACCCACGUCAGUCUCUUUCCAACUGGCUCAAUUCUUCAGCCUCCUUCUGUAACUGGUAUGGCCUCACCUGCGAUCACAGCUCUUCUCACGUUAACUCCAUACAACUCUCAGGUAAAAACAUGUCCGGCACGAUUUCCUCAUCCAUAUUUCAACUCCCGAACGUUACAAAUAUCGACCUCUCCAGCAAUCAGUUCGCUGGUGAACUAUCUUUCUCGUUCCAUUCGUCUCUGUCGUCACUCCGUUACCUUAAUCUUAGCAACAACAACCUAACGGGUUCGUUGCCUGAGUUUUUAUUUUCUGUCUCGUUUUCCCACCUGGUAUCCUUGGAUCUUUCAAACAACAUGUUUUCCGGGACGAUUCCUUAUCAAGUUGGUUUGCUUCCUGGGCUGAAAUAUCUUGACGUCGGCGGAAACGUUCUGGUGGGAGGAAUUCCAAAUUCCAUCACCAAUAUCACAGGUUUGGAAUAUUUGACAUUGGCUUCGAACCAGUUAGUGGGCGAAAUCCCACGUGACAUAGGUGUAAUGAAGAGCUUGAAGUGGAUUUACUUGGGUUACAACAACCUCUCCGGAGAAAUCCCAAAGAGCAUAGGAAACUUGUUGUCUCUGCAACAUCUCGACCUCGUUUACAACAAUCUCACGGGAUUCAUUCCCGAGUCUCUUGGAAACCUCACCAAUCUUGAGUUCCUGUUUCUCUACAAAAACAACCUCGCAGGCCCAAUCCCACCUUCCAUUUUCGACAUGAAAAAGCUUGUUUCGCUUGAUCUCAGUGAUAAUUCUCUUUGGGGAGAGAUUCCUGAACUUGUGAUUAAUCUUCAGAGCCUGGAGAUUCUUCAGCUUUUCUCAAACAACUUUACCGGAAAGAUUCCGAGGGCCUUAGCAACUUUACCUCGGCUUCAAGUUCUUCAACUGUGGUCCAACAGGCUAACGGGCGAGAUUCCAAAAGAACUGGGAAUGCAUAACAACCUCACUGUUUUAGACCUCUCCACCAAUCAGCUUUCAGGAGAGAUCCCCCAUGGUUUAUGUGACUCGCGCAAUCUUUACAAGCUCAUUCUCUUCUCCAACGCUCUUGAAGGAGAAAUCCCCCACAGUUUGAGCUCUUGCACAAGCCUACGGCGAGUGCGCCUCCAGAACAACAAACUGUCCGGCCAGUUACCGUCGGAACUCACCAAACUGCCGCAGGUAUACUUGUUAGACAUGUCUGGCAAUAAACUUUCCGGGAGGAUCAAUGAUAGGAAGUGGGACAUGCCGGCGCUUCAAUUUCUGAACUUGGCUAAAAACAAAUUCUCAGGAGAAUUACCCAACUCUUUCGGUAACGAACUGGAGAACCUGGACUUAUCGGAGAACCUUUUUUCGGGUUACAUUCCACCUGGUCUGGGAAGCUUACAAGAGCUCGUGCAGUUGAAGCUUAGCAGAAACAGGCUUGCCGGUAGCAUCCCAAAUGAACUUUGUUCGUGCAAGAAGCUUGUGUCUUUAGACCUCAGUCACAAUCAACUUAGCGGGCAAAUACCCGUAAGUCUCGGCGAGAUGCCAGUUCUAGGGAUGCUUGAUCUGUCUGAAAACCAAUUGUCAGGUGAAAUUCCUGAAAGUUUAGGAAGCGCGGAAUCCCUCGUAGAACUCAACGUAUCCUACAACCAUUUUCAUGGGAGAUUGCCGUCCACAGGAGCUUUCCUUGCCAUCAACGUCAGCGACGUCGCUGGGAAUGACCUUUGUGAGAGUUAUAGUGACAGUAGAAGCGGUUUGCCGCCCUGCGCAAAUAGAGAAGAUAAUAAGAACCCAUUUUGGUGGUUUUUUCUGUUUGGUCUUGUUGGGUUCCCGCUCGCUGCUUCUCUCAUUGUCUUCAUACGCAGAAGACAGAACUUGGAGGUGAUCAGAAGGGUGGAAAAUGAAGACGACACAUGGGAAAUGCGCUACUUUGACUCCAAGGCAUCAAAACUCGUCACCAUCCACGAUGUGUUAUCUUCUGCAAAAGAAGGAGUCAUAAUCACUAAAGGACGAAAAGAGACAAUGCAAUUCGAGGUGAAAGAGAUGAGUGACUUGAAUUGCUUUUGGGAAGACAUUGGUAAGCUUCGGCACCCAAACAUGGUUCAGCUGAAGGGAAUAUGCAGGUGCGGGAAAGGAGGGUACUUGUUAUACGAAUAUGUGGAGGGAAAAUAUUUAAGCGACGUCGUUGUAAGUUUAAGCUGGGAACGACGAAGGAAUAUUGCGCAUGGAAUUGCAAAAGCACUGAAGUAUUUGCAUGCUCAUGGUUCACCGUUUUCUUUGGUAGGCGAGAUGUCACCACAGAGAAUUUUGGUGGACGGAAAAGAUGUUCCUCGUCUCGUGUUGCGCCCUCUGAAGGCUUCCAUUUCUUCACCUUACGCUGCUCCAGAAUCAAGGAACGAGAAGGAGGUGACUGAGAAGAGUGACAUAUACGCAUUCGGGGUUAUUCUGAUAGCGUUAUUGACGGGAAGAAGCUCAGUGGACGCAGAAGUGGGCAUGCAGCACGAGAGCAUUGUGGAGUGGGCCCGUUAUUGUUAUUCGGACUGUCAUCUGGAUACAUGGGUCGACCCUGUCAUGAAGGGCGGCAUAUCAUCGGCAGCUCAAAACGACAUCGUUGAGAUGAUGAACCUGGCCCUCCAAUGCACGGCCACUGAUCCCACAGCUAGGCCGAGCGCGAACCACGUGUUCAAAACCCUACACGCCCUGUCAGCUUCCGCAUCGUCCCGUGUUUAACCUCCAUCCUCACCCUUUACAACAAUAUAUUGAAUUAUAUUCUGUUUGUUCUGUUACUCCUUUUUCCUUGCUCUCGAUGAUGGAUUUAGCUUCUUCUUCUUCUUGUUUUUUGUUAGUUUGAUAUGAAAGUUUUAGCUUCCCACAACUAAUAUGUUGAGUAACAAUGGGAUUGCUCUUUAAAUUUGGGAUUCAAUGCUUAACUAGUGUAAAUCAUAAUAACAAUGCGUACGCCUUAAUUUUUGUUCUCUUUA